AUGUCAGGCGCAUCUCCUAUUAGUGGACCCAACAGUCCAGUCAAGCCUGUUAUUGCACCUACAGAUGCUUUAGAUUCUACUGUUCAAGAACCAACCAUAGCAAAAAAGGAAAAGGCAGUUGGCACUACAUUUCCCCAAGCUCGAGUCAAGUCGAUCAUGAAACUGGACAAGGAUGUCCAAUCUACCACUGCUGAAGCGGUGUUUGCAGUGGCCGUUGCGACGGAAUUGUUUUUGGAAUUGCUCACCAGCGAGGCCUUUGACUAUGCUAAAAGAGAUCAUCGACGGUCAUUGAAUUAUUCAGAUGUUGCAUUGGCUGUGAAUGAUGUGCAGGAAUUCGAGUUUUUAACCGAGAUUGUGCCACAUAUGAUUACGGUCAAGGAAGCAAUGCAUAGACGGAGAACACUAGAAGCAAUGCGGCCCAUAGGUGGAAGUGGUAGCACAGCAACGCCUAUUGAUACAGAUCAGAGCAGUAAAAUCAAGAGCGAUAUGUCACAAGAAAACGAUGCAGAUAGCACAAGUCUUGCAGAAGAAGACGAGAAAAGAGAUGAAGAAGAGACUGGAAACCUUAAAUGA